AUGCCCGAUACCCUCGCUCUUCAAGGCAAAGUCGCCAUCGUCACCGGCUCAGGCCGUGAGAACGGCAUUGGCGCUGGAAUUGCCCUAGCCCUUGCUCGAAACGGUGCUUCAGUUGCAGUAAACUACGUCUCCGACUCUUCCAAGCAUCGCGCCGAGAACGUCUGCACCACACUUCAUGAAGCAGGUGGAAAGGCCAUCGCUAUUCAAGCUUCUGUUGAUACUACCGAAGGAGCAAAGUAUCUAGUCGACAAGACUCUUGAGGGAUUUGGGACUGAUCAUAUCGAUAUUCUCGUUAAUAACGCUGCUACUGCCUGUCUUUGUCCCAUCACCGACGAGCCUAACAUGGAGGAACUGACCAAGGUUUUCCAAGUCAAUGUUCUGGGAGCGUUUUACAUGGUUCACUAUGUCGUUGCUCACAUGCCUCCGGGCGGCCGUAUCAUCAACAUCAGUUCCACCAAUGCCAAACGAGGAAACGUAAUCGCCUCUUCAUAUGCAGCUUCUAAGGCUGCUCUUGAUAACUUGACGUGGACAUGGGCUGGAGAGCUUGGUCGCAGUAAAGGCAUUACUGUUAACUCAGUUGCUCCUGGUCCUGUGAGGACCGAGUUCUAUCCCAAGGGAAGAGAGGAUGAGAUGAUGAAGUGGGAAAUCGACAUCACUAGAGCUGCUGAUCGACCUGGAACGCCUGAAGAUAUUGGUGAUGCUGUUUUGUUAUUGGUUCAAGAGAAGUCCCGAUGGAUUACGGGACAGUACAUUGGUGUUAACGGCGGCGUUACUUACUAA